CUUUUCGUUUCUCUUAUAUAUUUCACACUAAACAGUUAACAAAGUUACUCCCCUUUUAUUCAACCACGCCAUUAACGUUGACAAGAAGCAAAAUAAAUAAUCUAGUUGAAAAAGGAAAAAUUAUCGUCAGAAAAGUAUAUGCAAUUGGAAAUGGUCAACAUAAAGAGAACAACAUACACAUGCAGUGAGCAUAACAUAAGAUACUUAAAUUGGCCAAAUAGGCAGCAACGGAUAUUUUACUCAACAUGUUCAUUUGUAUUUACUAGAAUAUUUUAGGCUCAGUUAACUAUUUUAAAUGUGGACUGAUCUAUAUAAAUUCAUGAACAAAAUAUAUGUACAAUUGAAUCAAUCAAUGGAUAUAAUGAUACAGUUUCAAUAAAAAAAAUGGAAAAUCUUUACAAAAUACUGCAAUGUCCCGAGACUGCCUCUGUGACAGAAUUAAAAAAGGCUUAUCAGGCUCUUGCUUUAAAAUAUCAUCCAGACAAAGCAACAUCCAGUGCAUCCAAUCAGGAAACAUUCAUUAAAAUAAAUCAUGCUUGGACAAUAUUACGAGAUCACAGGUUGCGUGAACAGUAUGAUGUCAAAUGGAAGGAGAGAUGUCUGGCACAGACUUAUCCUAUUCAGGAUACAGUACAUUUUGAGGAAUUUGAAAAGGAUGAGGAAUAUGAUGUAGAAAAUGGUGAAACUACAACAUCUUCCUUAGACAAAAGUCAUGAUAAAGCAUGUGUGGGAAAGGAAAGUGAUUGUGACAAGACCUUUUUAGUAAAGGGAGAUAAUUGUGGUGAAACAUGCUUAACUAAGGGAACUGGUGAUGUACCAAUUUUUGAUAUAAACAAUGGCAUUGGACAAGUUCAGGAUGUUUGUGCAGAAAAUACAACAAAGGGAGAGAAUGAAGUAAAUUUAACAGUAGAAAAUGAAACAGGAAAAUCAGAAUCAUCUCCCCUUGCUAAUGAAAAUGUUGUUUAUACAUAUGAGUGUAGAUGUGGUGGAAACUAUAUUCUGACUGGGGUUGAUGUUAAGUUAAAGUUUGAUAUUGUAUGUUGUGAUACUUGUUCCCUGUCAAUUCAGGUUAUUUAUAAUGAGGAUGAUCCACAAUAAUUCCUAUACAUAAUAUCGAUAUACAAUGCUGUACCAAUUUUAUAUUGAAAAAAAAUGUAUAAAAU